AUGAAUUUAUUUAAAAAAGUGCUUCGGUUUUCCACAGUUUUUAUUACAUUUUAUCUAGCUGUGAGUCUUGCUGACAUUGACGAUGACACUGUAACAUUUUAUGUCGUUCCCGGCUUAAAUUUGCCGGUGUUUAACGCAACACAUGACGAGGAUCUUUCUUCACGGGGAUGUAAUCCGUCUGGCAAAUUUUCUAUUAUCGUGCAUGGUUGGCUUGAAAGUUUCAACACAGAAUGGGUUCAGGAUCUUAUCAGUAAUCUAACAGAAUACCGGGGCGGUUGCAUUAUCGUCAUGGAUUAUUCAAAUUAUUCAGUGAACCUAAACUACUUCCUUCUAACGCCACAUUUUGCCAAUCUUUCUGACAUGCUCUUGCGAUUUAUGGUAAAAAUGGAGGAUGAAGGUUUCGACUUUGGUAAAGGAUUCAUGUUUGGAUUCUCAUUUGGCGCCCAAUUGGCUAUCACAACAGCAACCAAAUUUGGAACCAAGCGAUUUAAGGAAAUUGAUGCUGGACCUGGUUUUGAACAUCUCCCAAUGUCAGACGCGUCACUUGCAGCUGAGAAUGUUCAAUGCAUUCAUACAAGCAAUACUUAUGGGACGAUGAAGAGAAAUUGUACACAAAAUUGGAACAUGGGAUAUUGUGGGUGGUCACAAGUCGGUGCCAUGCCGUUUCCGAAGGGAAGUCAUGGUUUGUGUCCAAUUUUCUACAACGUCGCCUUUCAACAUACAUUCUUGGCGUGGGAAAAUGUUUAUAAUUGUCCUUCAAAACGUGCUGCUGGAACAUAUCCUGAAGAGUUUAAAAUGGGCUACAUGGAGGGUAGAAAAAGUAAAGUUGCUGGAGAUUUAUUUUCACCAACUUCUGUUGGUUGGCCUUUCAAUAGGAUAUCAGGGCGGCAGGAAAAUGACGACACUUUCAUUCACAUUCAAGAAGCUGAAAAGAUGGAAUUGAGUUUAUUACAUGAUGCCAGCAAUUACAUUCAGAAGCUGGAAAUAAAAUCAUCUGAAUUGUCAAGUAACUAAUUAACAAUCGCAAGCCACACAGAUUGAUUUCAUCUUAAGGU